ACGCAUAUUGGAAGAAUUGAUGUGAGGAAUGUUGGUGAUUGUCUGUUUACUUUUUUUCUUCCAUCAACAACCGACCCACGCUUUAUGCCGUGAAGCUGCUGGUGCUGGAGUAGGUGAGUCAGGCUCUUAGUAUCAUGAUUUUAAAUUUUUGUGUGAAUUUUCAACAGUCUGGUUUCCUUGAAAAUUUGGAGAGGGAGAGAGGGUGAGAUUAUCAUGUUUGAUUGUCAUAUCAGCAGGUGACAUUUCUCCUACCUUGGAAAUCGAUGUUUUGGAAUACAAAGACGAAUACGUGCUUCCUACAGGCUACGGAGCCACAAUUAUUUGCAGAAGCAAUUGUCCGAAGCUUCGAUGCUCUAUGCAUGAAAAGCCAUAUCAGAUUACUCUACUUUUCAAUGGAACAUUAGCAAAAUCGUGUAGUGGAGGCAAUCCCCAGAAAACAUGCUCUUACUUUAUCCACAAUACUGCAGAAGGUAAUUCUGGAGACUACACAUGCAAAACCUACAACCAAUAUGGCUGCACAAUGGAUACGCUAAGAUUGGUUUUCAAAGGUAAGCUAACUGCUGCUUUAUCUUACGAUCCUACCGUGAAACUGUUACAAAAAUGUUACCGCUUGAAACAGCUUGGCCGUGAAAGGGCACCAUUAAAACCCCAGAAAGCAUACAAAAAAUGUGACAAAAAUCUUCAGAAGAGUGCCAAAGUUGCAUUCUUUGAAAAAGGCCAAAAGGCUCUAAAGACUUCUCAUUAUCAGCACUUGUUCUGUGGACAGCAAUACCAGUAACAUAAUAAAGACGACGGCUCUAAUUAGGAACCAGUCAUUUUGGGCGGCCGAGGACUGCGGGUAUCUCAGGGUUUUAAGGGGGAACAGCCAGGGUGGGGAAGGGUCAGUCGUCGUCAAAUGAGUAUUAAGGGAGAAUUAUAGAAAAGUGACGGUCGAUUAACUGCCAAUGAGGAGGGGUGGGGGAUCAGGUAAGCUUUAUCAUGACACUACCAAAAUCCUGCAGCCACCCCAUUCCUCCCCUCCCCUUCCUUCCUCCAGGCGAUAAAGAGGUGAUGAUGACAACUGCAUAUUUCUGUUUAUUAUACCAUAAGUAUGCCACUUCAAAACAUUUCUGUGUUAAGAUUCAAAGUGAAGAAAAUUUCCUUUUUAUUGCAGAACCAUCACCACCUCGAUUUCUUGUUAAGAAUCCUCGCCAACUUAUCGUGCCCACUAGAGGUGAUGCAACUUUGACCUGUAGCGCGACCGGUAUUCCCCUCCCAGUCAUCAGGUGGUACAAGAAUGGUCAUCCUGUGCCAAGGUCAUCUGCGAUAGAAUUCAAAGGUCACUCGCAAUUAGAAUUGCAGGCUGUUGGUCUUAGAGAUCAAGGGAAGUACUGGUGCGAGGCAAACAGCACAGAAGGAUGGGACAGAACUUCCCCAACGACUUUGAAAGGUGGGCGCUCGAUAUUCACGUAGUUUUGAAAGAUGACUGUUUUAAUGCAAAUUAAGCUUGUUCUUAUUUUUGACCGAUCGACUGCUGGUAGCAGUGCUGUUCUUCUUGACCCUGUUUUAAACAUCCACUCAGGUUGUCGAAAUGCUAUUCAUUAUACCCCGGCGACUGCCUUUUUUUUUAGGACCACCUUAACUCGAGAGAUCGCACUACAUUGUAAAACCUUCUUAACCGAUAAAGUGCGAAUUCCCCCACCUCACGGAUUUAUAAUUCUCUUUUUUUUUCCUCCCACGGUGACUGUAGUCCUUUGGAAACCAGUUUUCUUCACCCAUCCCCAUAGAUACAUUGCCCAUCUUAACAGAGAUGGCUUUGCCGCAGUGACCCUCUCCUGUGAAGCAAGAGGCUUUCCUACUCCUGUGAUCAGUUGGUUGCAGGACAAAACGCUUUUGAAGUCGGAUUCUACCGUAACUCAGAAUGGAGAUACGUCCUCACUCACCGUUGUCUUCACGACGGAAACAGAACAACCCUUAAAAUACCGUUGCCUGGCAACUAAUUCAAUGGGGAAGACUUGGUCCAAGGAGGGGGAAGUAACUAUAAUAGCAUCUGCACAACGAAAGAUUCCCGGUAUGCUCUCACAUUCUAUCAGAGUAAUCAAACGACAAAAGUUAAUGACGCAAAUAUUCCAUUCUAUGUGAUCACAUUAAGAGUUGUAAAUCAUGGCAAACCCAAUAUGUUAAUAAGUUGAGAUAGAUGUGCGAUUUACAUCAUAUAAGGAUAAAUAGACUCAUAAUAUCACUGCAUCUUGUAAUAGAUUAUGAGGUUAUGGGGAUAACAGAGCAUUUGAACUGAACAAAGGAAUAUUGAUUGAUGUUAUACCUUGUUCUCUGGUCUAAACUUGUACGAAAUAUACGCAGACAAUGUAUUGAAUUGUGCAACUUUAAGAUCCUGAAUGGCAAAAGGUUGAAAAGCGUCUGAAAGGGCCAAAUUUGUUACCACUCCUAUUUGUUACCUUGCUAUUUCUUUACCUUGAUACGAACGCGAUUCAUCGACUUCAAUAAGCCUACAUUUUCCUAAACUGAGGUUACCUCAUACCCAGAUCCUCCGUGUAACUUUGACUGAAAUGUUACAACCGCUUGACCGUAAGGGUCUGGGCACGAGACUAAAACAUAGUAAUUCAUUUUAGUAUGCUUUGAUUAAACACUUUUCAAUUUAUUCAGUUUCAGAUGACAAUUCAUCCUCGUCUCUAGGCGUUUCUAAAGCUGUGGGGAUUUCGAUUCCUAUCGGGUCAGCUUUUUUAAUUAUCAACUCAGUCCUAAUAGUUGUCCUCUACAAGAAGUGCAGAAAACCUACCACCGAAAACAUCCAAGUAAGGCGAUACAGUAAAACCUGUAUUAGGCGGUUAUCCACGGAGAAUGGCGGGGUGCCUGCUCAAUACAGGUUAACCGCUUGAUACGGGUUCGACUGUAGUUUGGUUCGAUUUAAAAUCCAAUACUGUUGAAUAAGAAAGGGGAUAGUGUCUGCCGUGUGGUGUGAAUGUAAAGAACUGUCUGACAGUCGAGAGUUUCACUUUUAGUCGCUAGCUUGAAACAGGAACAGUUCAUUAUAAAGAAAAACUAAACCCUGUAACCCCAAAGAGUGAUUGGCUUAUGAUUUCUCCUCGCAUUAUCACCCUCGAAUUAAAUGUAGAGGUAAUGAAAUAAGGAAAUGGUCUCCAAUUUACGAAGCUCCUGAUUGCCAACUAAAUUCUCAUUUUUAGUACCAUAGAUACUAUAAAGGAAAAAGCUUGGAGAAAAUCACUAUCAAUGUAAGGGUGAAAAGGAUUAACUAAGGUAGUAUUACAGACGUUCUUGCGCAUGAAGUUGCAUAAUAAAACUUGUCUCGUGUCAACAACUGAUAAACAACACUUGUUACAUUUCAUUUGCAGAUGGAUCGUGCUCAGCGAUUUCCAAACUUGCACGCGCGUGCAAGCGCCAUGGGCACCCGAAGAGAGGAACCAACAACACUACGUUACCAGAAGAGAGAGAUGGCGGAAAUGACACGGCGAAGCCAAAGUCUUGAAAGCGAUGUCCAAAAUGGUGAUGAUAAUGAGAAUUUAACUCAACGCUGUUAG